AGCAAUCCUCCGUCUACAAAUAUCUUCAGCAGAAACCCAAAUCUGUGUCUCUCAGUUUUGAAACAAUGGCAAAGAAAGAGAUGGAAGUGGUGAAAGGAUUAGAUCUUGAGAAGUACAUGGGAAGAUGGUAUGAGAUAGCUUCAAUUCCAUCGAGAAAUCAGCCAAAGAAUGGUGUGAACACGAGGGCUAAUUAUGCACUCAAGGAAGAUGGAACUGUGAAUGUGGUGAAUGAAACUUGGAGUGAUGGAAAGAGAAGUUCUAUAGAAGGUGUGGCUUAUAAGGCUGACCCUUCCAGCGAGGAGGCCAAGUUCAAGGUCAAAUUCUAUUUGCCUCCUUUUCUUCCAAUCAUUCCAGUUGUUGGGAAUUACUGGGUUUUGUAUAUUGAUGGUGAUUAUCAGUAUGUACUGGUCGGAGAGCCUUCGAGGAAGAAUCUUUGGAUAUUGUGCAGAAACACUCAUCUUAACGAGGAGAUAUAUAAUCAGCUGCUUGAUAAAGCCAAGGAAGAGGGUUAUGAUGUAAGCAAACUGCACAAGACAUCACAGAGCGAUCCUCCACCAGAAGAUGAAGGCCCCAAAGAUACCAAAGGCAUAUGGUGGAUCAAAUCCCUUCUCGGAAAAUAAAGUAUUCACGGAAGCUUCUGUUUAUAUCAUAAAAAUCCUACCAGUUGUGUUCAAAUGUUGGUUUGCAAGUAUACUUGAUAUGUAUCGCUGAGUAAACAAUGCUUUAAAUUAGACCCUUGGUUUCCUUUAUUGAUCAUAGGCCGGGGUUGUUAGUAAGAUUUAGUACUGGAUCAAAA